GUGUAGAAUCCGAGCAAUAAUGUCGCAGCGCAGUAUAGAUUCUUUUUUCACUAGAAUAUCAUCCAAGAAGGAAAACUUGUCUCAGGUGAAUUCAGAAAGGUAUGUUUCAUGCCAUCAAGUAAUAGUCGCUCUCUCUAUUAGUGAAAUAUGUUAAGAACCCUUGUGAUAUGCUCGCGUUUGAGCUCCUUAGUUCUACCAGCUCGACGUCUCGAGCUUGCAGCUCGCAACCAAUUUGUUGUUGUUUUUAAUCGGAUACAUGCAACCAACAGCAACUUGUCCGACAAACAGGAGGAUGAGGAUGCAUCAGCAAGUGGCAAACGCAAGAGGGACACUGACGAUAGAUCUUCCAGCUCUCCUCCUCCUUCAAAGAAGCUAGGUAUUAAACUCAAAGAACCAAAACCAGCUUCCAAAACCCCUUCACCAUCUGCAAAGUCCCGUGCGAAGCCAGGGCCCACUUCGGAAAAGAAAAAUAAAAUUUCACCUGGAAAGUCAAAGAAGGCAAAGGGAAAAAUAUUGAAAGAUAUAUCUGGUACUAAGAAAAAAGAGGAGAAAGAUGAAAAAGUAAAUGGAGCUGAAACUAAGCAAGAUAUUUCUACUAAAAAUGGUAAUGUUGAAGAGAAAGAGGAAAAAGAGAAAUCUGUUUCACCAAUUAAGCAAAAGGAAGAUACAAAAGCUGACAAAGCGAGCAAUGGAAAAAGCGGCAACCAGUCUUACAAUCCCAGCGUGUCCCGUUAUCAUCCGAUAAACGAUGCAUGUUGGAAACGAGGAGACAAAACUCCGUACAGUGCAUUUACGCGCACUUUGGAGCUUAUCGAGAAAACAAGCGCGCGGCUAAAGAUAAUAGAAAUAUUGUCGAACUACUUCCGCUCCGUUAUAGUUCUGAGCCCGACGGAUCUUUUGCCGAGCGUGUAUCUGUGCCUUAAUCAAUUGGCGCCAGCGUACGAAGGUAUCGAGCUGGGAGUCGCCGACACGAAUCUGAUGAAAGCGAUAGCGCAGUGUACUGGUAGAACACUCGCCCAAAUUAAGGCCGAUGUCCAGCAAAUCGGUGAUUUGGGAAUGGUAGCGGAAAGUAGUAGGUCCAAUCAGAGAACCAUGUUUCAGCCGGCACCGUUGACGGUUCCCAACGUGUAUGCCAAGUUAAAGGAGAUAGCUCAAAUGACAGGGCACUCGUCUCUGGCGAAAAAGCUGGACAAAAUCCAGACAUUGUUCGUGGCCUGUCGCAAUAUCGAAGCGAAAUACCUGAUCAGAUCACUGGCUGGGAAGCUUCGUAUCGGUUUAGCUGAGCAGUCUGUCUUGCAAGCGUUAGCCUUAGCCUGUGCGAUGACACCGCCGGAACAAUCCUACCCACCAGAAAUAGUAAAUGCGAGCAAAGAGAUGUCGAGUGAACGGUUCAAAGAAAAGUACGACGAGAUAGCGCUCAUAUUGAAGACAACGUAUUGCGAAUGUCCGAACUACAAUCUCAUAAUUCCCGUGCUAUUGGAGGACGGAAUAAAAACCUUGCCGAGCAAAUGCAAGCUCACGCCUGGGAUACCUCUGAAACCUAUGCUGGCGCAUCCUACUAAAGGCGUUCAAGAAGUGUUAACGCGAUUCGAAGGCUUGAAAUUUACGUGCGAAUGGAAAUAUGACGGAGAGAGAGCACAGAUACAUGUCGCGGACGACGGUCAAGUCAGUAUCUACAGCAGAAACCAAGAGAACAACACUAGUAAGUAUCCGGAUAUCAUAGGCCGAUUGAAGAAUACUCGCAACGAAUUGGUGAAGAGUUGCAUACUCGACUGCGAGGCGGUUGCCUGGGACAACGAGAAGAAACAGAUUCUGCCGUUCCAAGUACUUAGCACGAGAAAGCGAAAAGACGCCAAUGAGGAGGACAUCAAAGUACAGGUGUGCGUGUUUAUGUUCGAUUUGCUGUACCUAAACGGUGAGCCAUUGGUGAAAGAACCUUUCGCGAAACGCCGUGAAUUGCUGAAGAAGCACUUCAACGAAAUAGAAGGCGAAUGGAAAUUCGCCACCAGUCUGGACACUUCGACGAUGGAGGAGGUGCAGAUCUUCUUGGACGAAUCGGUGAAAGGAAAUUGCGAGGGCCUGAUGGUGAAAACACUAGAAGAAGAGGCAACUUACGAGAUUGCAAAGCGAUCGAGAAAUUGGUUGAAGCUUAAGAAGGAUUACUUGGACGGCGUUGGUGAUACACUCGACGUCGUUGUAAUCGGUGGUUACAUCGGCAAAGGAAAAAGAACCGGUACCUACGGCGGUUUCCUUUUGGCGUGCUACGAUCAGGAAAACGAGGAGUAUCAGAGUAUCUGCAAGAUCGGCACUGGCUUCAAGGAGGAAGAUCUCGAGAGGCACACGAAGUUUUUCAAAGAUCACGUGAUACCUCAGACUAAAUCGUAUUACCGUUUCGACAACAGCCAUGAGCCGGAUCACUGGUUCGAGCCGAUUCAACUUUGGGAGAUUAAAUGCGCCGAUCUCUCUCUUUCGCCGGUUCACCGAGCGGCUAUUGGAAAAGUUGAUCCGGAGAAAGGAAUAUCCCUGAGGUUUCCACGAUUUAUCAGGAUCCGCGAGGACAAGUCUUGCGAGGAGGCCACAUCCGCUCAGCAAGUGGCGGAUAUGUACAAUAACCAAGAACAGAUUAAGAAUAAAACAUCGGCGUCAAAAGCCGCAGAAGAAGAUUUUUAUUAAUAUGAUGUUUACUUUUACUUAUUUCGUUGUAUACGCAUUAAAUCACUGAAUUAAUUUGUCAUAUAUUUUUAUAACUAACUAUAUAACUUUUAUAACUAGUGAUUUUGUAAACGCCGAAUAAAACGUUUCGAUAUAUGAUA